AGUUCGCACGUGAACAAUACUCACCAUGGCUGUUGUGUGUUCAAAAGCAGACUGGUUUGUUACAAGCUGUUCUACUACUUUGGUUGCCCUAAACCGUAAGCAGUCUGGAGAGCCGUUUGUGUUUGACUGUUCCAAAGCUGAGAAAAAACCCAAAGAAUCUGAUGGUGAUAACAAAAGUGCUGGGGAGGGAUCAGAGGAGAAGGACAGUGACAGGAUCCUUGCGUUUGCCAUCUCAGCAUCUGGAAAGCAUGUAGUGCUUACGGAUGAUCACAAACGACUUGUUCUCUUCUGCACUGAGCCAUCAUGGAAGUGCAUUAGUACACGGUGGGUUGUGCGGCGAUGCACUUCUCUUGCAUUUACUCAGGCUGAGGAUGAAGUCUUUGUGGCUGAUAAGUCUGGAGAUGUGUAUUCAUUCUCCAUUCUGGAGCCACAGAAAGUAGGAGAGCUGAAGCUGGGACAUCUCUCCAUGCUACUGGAUGUGACUCUUUCACCAGAUGAUAAAUAUAUCAUAACGGCUGACCGAGAUGAGAAGAUCAGAGUGAGUUUCCGGCGAUCGCCCUACAACAUCCAGGCCUUCUGUCUGGGCCACACUGAAUUUGUCAGUUCAUUGCUUGUGCCUGCAGGACAUCCUGACUGGCUUCUCUCAGGUUCAGGAGAUGGCACAGUGAAAGUCUGGCAUUAUGAGACCGGUCGGCGAUUACACAGUGUGGACUUGAGGAAAUUCGGCCUUGACUCAGAAAACACAGAAAAGAGGUUUGCGGUCAGCAGGAUCAUCAGUUCACCAGAUGGACAACAUGUUGCUGUUCAGUGUGAGGGAUUCCCCUCAGUUCAGCUGUUCGCUGUGGAUUGUGGGACAGAGGGCCUCCUGAACCCUGCAGACACACUGACUCUUCCUCUCUCACCGUGGGAUGUGACAUUUGACUCGCAAAACCAGCUGUGGGUUUUGCUGGAGAGUGAAGACAUGAAUGUGCUCCUGUAUCAACAUUUUGAGCAGCACUGGAGGCUGUGUGACUCUGAGUGCCCUGAACUGAAGAGGAUCACUGAUGCAUUACAGACUCAAUGGCAUCUCUUUAAAGAUUCUGUGGAACUGGAAAGUCGGUUUAAACAUCUUUAUAAAGUGAACUUUGACAAUAUGGCAUCUUAUUUGCAAAAAAAACAGGAAAGACUAGACAUGGAGAAUAAGAAGAGAGCAGCAGCAAACGGCACGAAACCCAACAAAAAAAGUAAAACCGAGAGCGGCGCUGUGCCACAUAGCACCAGCUGAGGCGAAGUUUGCUUUUAGUUUGACAUGUUUCUAUAAUACUAAUGUUAUUUUUGUUAAUUGACCAUUAUUUUAUUUUGUUUUUCAGUAAAGACAUUCAGACUUGGUUUCCGUUUCCGGAACAAUAAGUUGCAAUGCUGUGUUUUAACCGCUGGAGUCCGCUAGUCACGCUCAGACUGAGUAGUUAGUAGUUAGUCACCACGAACAUCAAAAUAGACGAUGUAUGUAAGCCAUUAGUGCAGAAAUUAUUUUUGUACGAUUUUGUGUGCUUUUGUAAUCAAAAACAUGACCUUCUCUACUGA